UCAACCAAAAUCGCCAUUUUCCCUCCCUCCAUUUCUGUCUCCUUUCUCCUUAACAAAAACCUGCAACAAACAAAAAAGUAAACCCAUCUUUUUCUGGUGGAGUAAAAUUCCCCCUCUCCACCACAAAAAGAUUCCAUGAAAAAAUCCAAAAAAAACAUUAUGACACUUCUCAAUUCCAUCUUCUUCUUCCUUUUCUUCUUCCUCCUCCGCUUCUCCAUCGCUUCUCAACCCCUUCCUCGAGGGUAUCUUCUCAAUUGCGGUGCCACCGAAUCUACCGCCAAGGUAACCAUCGGCAGCCUUCAGUACAUCACCGACGAGGGAUUUAUCUCUGUUGGAAACACCACGAAGCUCCUUGAUCCAAAUCUGGUAUCCUUUCUCUCGACAUUGCGUUAUUUUCCUGACAAAUCGGCUCGGAAAUACUGCUACUCGAUUCCGGUGGUUAAGGGAGGCAAAUACAUUGUGAGGACGACGUAUUAUUACGGUGGAUACGACGGUGGGACGGUGCCGCCGGUUUUCGACCAGAUUAUCGAAGGGACGAAAUGGAGCAUAGUGAACACGACGGACGAUUACGCCAACGGGAUGUCGUCGUAUUACGAGGUUGUGGUGGUGGCAAUGGGGAAAAUGAUGAGCGUUUGUUUGGCGAGGAACCAACAUACGGAUUCGAGUUCCAGCCCUUUCAUUUCGGCUCUGGAGUUGGAGUAUUUGGAGGACUCUGUUUAUAAUACCACGGAUUUCAAGAACCAUGCUCUGAGUUUGGUUGCUAGAACCAGCUUUGGACAUGACGACGAUGUCAUUGGCUUUCCAGAUGAUGCAUUCAACCGGCAGUGGCACCCGUUUGUCGAUGAGAACCCAUUGGUAACAUGCCAUGCCAACGUUACUCCUUCGACCUUUUGGAAUCUCCCACCAGCAAAGGCUUUUAACACUGCCUUGACGACCAGCCGUGGGAAGUCGCUCAAAGUUAACUGGCCUCCGUUCCCACUUCCAGCAGCCUACUACUACAUCUCGCUGUACUUUCAGGACAAUCGAUCUCCGAGUCCAUAUAGCUGGAGGGUCUUUAGCGUUGCAGUAAAUGGCAAGAAUUUCUUCACGAACCUCAAUGUCACUGCUAAUGGCGUGUCUGUUUACAGUGCGAGAUGGCCUUUAUCUGGACAGAUCCACCUAGAACUAACUCCUGCAGAUGGCGUGCCUGUUGGGCCCGUUAUUAAUGCUGGUGAGAUCCUUCAAGUUUUUCGUCUCGGUGGAAGAACAUUAACAAGAGAUGUGAUGGCAAUGGAGGACUUGGCACGAAGCUUCAACAACCCGCCUCAUGAUUGGAGUGGUGAUCCUUGCUUGCCUAAGGAGAAUUCAUGGAGCGGAGUCACUUGUUCCGUGGGAAAACUUGCUCGAGUAGUCAAUUUGAACUUGACAAACUUUGGCUUAUCUGGCACACUUCCUUCAAGCAUAAACAAUUUAACUGCCCUCACUCAUCUUUGGCUUGGUAGCAACAAACUCACAGGCUCUAUUCCAGAAAUGGGUUCAUUGAAGGAGUUGCAAACACUGCAUCUGGAGAAAAACCAAUUUGAAGGGCCAAUUCCUCAUUCACUCUCGAAACUUCCACAUAUUCGUGAAAUAUUUCUCCAAAACAAUGAUCUGAAGUCGAAAGCUCUCGAAAUGCUGCAAAAGCGAGGCAUACACGUCGAGUUGUAGAAUCAGAAAUCUGUAUGGCUAUCUCAAAGGAUGGAAGAGAAUAUAUAAAGCUUAGAGUGUAACUUAAAAGAAAAAGGGGCUUUGUAAUUAUCAGAACUUCUACAAUAAUUGUUGCAGAAUUUACUGUAUAGUAUGAGAAUCAUAUUAUCAUCUAAUUGAUUGAUUGAUCUA